CGUCUCUUUCGCGCAUCAAUAAAACUAGUUUGCCCGGUGACGGCUCGAGUACUUGGCCGUGAGAUUUGUUGUAUUGUAGUUAAAUUUUAAAGAUUCUUAUUGUUUCGUGUUAAUAUAUUUUUGUGAUAGUGAAUUGAACAAUUGUUGCAGAAAUGGCACCUGUCGGAGGUUGGAUGUGUUGUAGCCGUAAAACCAAGUCAGUAGCACCGCUAGAAACGACAAAAGUAAUCCCAGUAGACAAUAUACCAGCAGGAACAUACGACUAUGAUCUGGCUGUAAUCGGAGGUGGCUCCGGUGGACUGGCAUGCGCCAAGGAGGCUGUGAACUUGGGUGCUAAAGUGACUGUGUUGGACUACGUCACACCCUCACCGCAAGGCACCAAGUGGGGCCUGGGAGGAACCUGUGUUAAUGUAGGAUGUAUUCCGAAGAAGCUGAUGCAUCAGGCUGCUUUACUUGGAGAGAGCAUACAUGAAGCGGUUGCAUACGGUUGGGAGGUGCCCUCACUGGACGCGAUCAAGAUAAACUGGCCAGCGCUAACUGAAGCUGUACAGAAUCACAUAAAAUCUGUGAACUGGGUGACCAGGGUUGACCUGAGAGAGAAGAAAAUAGAUUACGUUAACGGUCUGGGUGAGUUUAAGGACGCCCACACGCUGAUAGCGACCUUGAAGAAUGGAUCGAAGAAGGAGAUCACGGCUAAGAAUAUUGUGAUCGCCGUGGGCGGUAGGCCGCACUACCCGGACAUUCCUGGGGCGGUCGAGUACUGCAUCAGCAGUGACGAUAUCUUCAGUUUAGGUCAUCCCCCCGGGAAGACCCUGGUCGUUGGAGCUGGAUACAUCGGCUUAGAAUGCGCCGGAUUUUUGAACUCUUUGGGUUACCCGGCCACCGUGCUGGUCCGAUCGGUGCCACUCCGCGGCUUCGACCAGCAAAUGGCCCAGGCGGUAACCAGCGAGAUGGAACAGAAGGGAGUCGUAUUCCACAACAAGUGCGUACCGCUGUCCGUGGAGAAGCUGGAGACCGGUCAGUUGAAGGCGCGCUGGCAGAACACGGAGACCCAAGAGCGGGGUGAGGAUGUGUUCGAUACGGUGCUGAUGGCGACCGGCCGGUACGCCCUCACCAAAACCCUCAACCUCGAAGCGGCAGGAGUGACGUGUGUAUCAAACAGCGGGAAGAUCAUAGCUGAAACUGAACAGACCAACGUCUCUAACAUAUACGCGGUGGGCGACGUGUUGGAGGGGAAGCCUGAGCUGACCCCCGUGGCCAUCCACGCGGGCCGGCUGCUGGCGCGCCGGAUGUUCGCCGGGGCCACGCAGCCCAUGGACUACGACAACGUGGCCACCACCGUGUUCACGCCGUUAGAGUACGGCUGCGUCGGGCUAAGCGAGGAGACCGCCCUGGCCAGGCACGGCGCCGACAAGGUGGAGGUGUACCACGCGUUCUACAAACCGACGGAGUUCUUCAUACCGCAGAGGAACAUCCGCAACUGCUACCUGAAGGCCGUGGCGCUCCGCGAGGCGCCGCAGCGCAUCCUCGGGCUCCACUUUGUGGGGCCGGUCGCCGGCGAGGUCAUACAGGGCUUCGCAGCUGCCGUCAAAUGCGGCAUAACUAUGGAGCAAUUGAUGAACACAGUCGGCAUUCACCCCACGGUGGCCGAGGAGUUCACCAGACUCAACAUCACCAAGCGCUCCGGCAAGGACCCCAACCCUGCGUCGUGCUGCAGCUAGACACCCCCCACCCCCCGCCCGCAGCCACCCCCCACUGAACCAUCAUUAUAUCAAGUUAAGGGCACAGAAUAAAUAAGUGAUUAACAAAGUACGCCCUAUUUCUUUCUUCAGAAGUACAAGACAAGUAUGGAUGGCAUCACUACUAAAAGAUUUAUCAUAAUUUUCACAACCUAUAAAAGUCGUGAAUCGCGCUAUCGACAUUUUCAAGACAAAUUCCGAACAAGAACGUUUGGGCAGUCGACGAACUGAACUAAAACAUUAUUUGAAAAAUGUAAACAAGUAUUAAUGGUUAUGUGAUUAGUAAAAUAAUUAAGAGAUUUUGCCACAGCGCAUUAUCGUCACAGAAGAUCCAAAAAAUUACAGAAAUAUUGUUUUUAUUUAUAUUAUAAUGAACAAAUGCUUUAUCUACCUACAGAAAAUCUAAAAAUAAUUUUAAAAAAUUGUUUUGUAGUACUAUUAUAAUUACUGAACUAAACGAUUCUAAUGCCAGUGCGACAUCUUGCGGCGUGGGUACGCACCUUCAUACGCGUAAGGAUACUGUUUGACUGCACUAUGUUGUUAUUUACGCACCAAUUGUAUUACUGUUGAAUGUACUUUGCUGUGUCAUCGAUCGGAGGAUUUCACUCAUCGAACUAAUUAAAUACCACAGUCGCUAUAUUGGCGCGCUGUGUUUGCUACUUUGUACAAAAUGUUUAAUUCAACGUUAUCGCCAUUUUUGUGUCAACAAAUGAUUUUGAUAUGUUUGUGGGUUCAAGUGUUUUCUGUUAAAAUAUUAAAUAGAAUAAGAACAGAAGGGCACAGCCGAACGGGGCAACGCCCUGUACUGUUUCUUUGUUUUGGGAACAAAAAUUGAUCAAAUUAAAUUUAUUUUCUUGUUGUAAGCUUUGGAGUGUUACCAACAUUGAAAACUUAAUGUGGUGCUGGUUUUGUAAACUAGAUGUCGCUGUUAACUUGUCCAUGUAACAUUUGAUUUGUGUAGCGCCGUUUGUACAUAAUUGUUGGUUGUCUAUCCAGUCACAUUGCUAAUGGCGAUACUUCUAAUUCAUUAACUAUAGUAGAAUUAUUUUGUCCGUACAGUUUGGGUCAUAAAACAUAGCCCGGCUAGGGCGGUGAGCAUGUUGCGCGGGCGCAACGCCAUUAUCGAUAAAAACAAAUGUGUCAUCGAAGGCAGGCACACGGCGGCGGGGUGGUAUACGAAGGGUGGUGAGACAUUGUUAUGUUAUGAGUCAUUUGUACUUACCUGCAAAUUAUAGUACAUCAUGUCGAAGAGAAAUGUGCUUUUAUGCAUUCGUUCUCUGAAUUUCUUUAGUGACACAGUGGCUACUCCUUUGUUUUGUAUCAAAACGGCAGAAUUUAUUCAAAAUAAUAUUUGCACAUCAACACACACACAACACAUGUAUUAAAUUUUUUCACUGAAAUAAGAAUAGUUUCCGAAAAGUUACAAAGUGUUAAUUUCUGCCGUUAUCGCUAACUUGCUGCGGCAAUAUGUGGUGUUAGUGAUUUUUUCAUUGAUUUUUAUCACUAACCCACAAAAUGACAAAAUUAAAUACACUAUCGACAACAAUAAUGCGCAUCACUAUGCCCGUCCAUAAGGCACGUGAGUGGAAGAGAGAGCGAAAUACUCGCUUCACCGCUCCGAUUUUUUAUGACCCAAACUGCAUGGACAAAAUAAUUCUGCUAUAGGUUCAGAUUAUAAAGAUUGUGUAUAGUACAAAAAUUGUUAUCUCGAAAUUUUAAAACUAAGUGAGAUGUUAAACCGCUGGAUUGCUAAAUCUGUCGUAGAGUAUGUUUUAGAAGAGCUAUGAUAAUUAAACGCACCAUCUUUUUAUUAAACGCACCUUGGCUACCCCUGUUACUGCCCCCUGUUACUACCAUCCCGCCUGUUACUGCCAGCUGUGCUGUUGCUACCGCGUGGGUCGCGGCUCGUUCCAUAUAAAUAAGUGAAUUUAAAAAGACGUUCCGUCGGGUAAUUUUGAUUCUUAUAAAAAAACUUAAAUUAAAUUUAAUGCCUUUUCUUGCUGACUGUACUAUUGUAUCAAAAUCUGUGAAAACUAAAUCCCUUCUAAACAGUUACCGUAGCUAUCCUUGCCCCGCCUUUCAGAUCAACAUUCAUUGCCUGUUAAAAGUUAAAAAAUUUGAGAUUCAUGAUUUAAGUGUAAUGCUGGCUUUAUGUGGCAGCGCUGUGACCAACACAGUCACAGCGUUCAAUGUAUUCGUAAACAUUACCAACACAACUCUUAUCAAUAUGUAUGUGAUAAUCAAGUUCGUAUGAUUCCGAUGCUGGGCUUUUAAAGAACCGUCGCGAAUUAGAAACUAUUUUUUUUCCCCUACCUUUUAGCUGAUACCCUAAGAGGCUAUUCUAGCUACACCCGAACGCAUAGGUGAGCUCACGGGUUCAACCUGAGAGAAUUUGCUAACACUAGCCCUAGCAAGAGCAUUGCUUCGCAGAAUUUACCGCCGGUUCGCUUUUGGCUUUUGCGCAUGGAACAAGACGCAAUAAAUAUUCCACAAAAAGUGAAUUAACAGCGUAGAAAAUCCAGAGAUGUAUUUGAAUUUCAAAAUAUCCUAAAUAUACAUGCAUUUUAGUUUAAAAAUAAGGCGUUGCUAGUACUUACACGGAUGAUUUAUAAUGUUACCAGCAUUUCGUGAAUUGUUAAAUUGUGUGGCCAGUUAUUUGGAUCGGUGGAAAGAAUAAAAAUAUCCUCAUAUAUGAGUCGUCUAUUAUCAAAGGUGGCAAUCUGUGCAUUUGGACAAAAAAAUUUUAUUGAUAUGUCAAUACAGAUUGAUUUGAAUAUAAUCGUCUCCUUCAAAGAAUACGGUUCAAAACCUGCAUUAAAUAAAGGUUAAUAGUUAACCUGUUAUUUAUCUAAAAUGUCGUUCCGAAGAGUUUUGUGACUGCCAAUGGAAUACAAAGUCAAUAAUUCGUUUUUCUGAUUUACCAAUCAUUGUCCAAAAAUCAGAUUGCCGCCUUAGAUAAUAGUCGACUCAUAUAUAUGUCCAAAAUGUUCAUAGCUCCUAGAUUGGCCAGAAAAUUUUGAAAAGGGUAAAAAAAGAGUAAAGUAAUAGUAAAAGUAGAGUAGAGUAAAAAGAGUCCACUUUUAAACGCGAUGUGCACCAAUUAUUUGUAACAAUAAAGUGUAUACUUUGAUGAAAUAAAUAAAAAUGAUAAUUAUAUUCUUAA